UGUUAGGAAGUGAACUGGAAAGGUAAACUGACGGGGAAUAAUUUACACCGCUACAAAUCCAGGCGUUCGCUACGUAAUUGUCGCACUAUAAAUAGUACCAAAUUCCUACGCGGCCCCAACCAGAAUCACCCAAGAAUCUUACUUCGAACGGAUACACAGCCAAGGGAGUUCAGUUAGAGGAACGAACAGAUGGGUACACCAGCGUGUGCGGAGUGUGAUCGGAAUUGCUUAUUGAUUCAUGGAAAGAAUAAAGACCCGUCACCUGUUGUCCAAUCCUUUUUCAAAAUCAUGAUUGGCGAUAAUUUUUCAAAAGUUUUGUUCUUGCCUCCUAAAAUCGGCCGGACGAUGCCAAACUUGGCAAGUAAGGAAACUCAGCUGGAGGAUGCAAGUGGACAAAGGUGGACGGUGACAUUAUCCUGGCGAGAGGAGUCCUUGGCUUUUCAUCAAGGUUGGGCUUCUUUCUCUCGAGAACAUGGCCUGGAAGUUGGAGAUCUCUUGGUGUUCCAUUACAUUUUGGGUUCUCACUUUGUUGUGCAAAUCUAUGGGAAAAAUGGGUGUGAAAGACUCCAUUUUUCUGCAGAAAAUGGCAGCCGGAAGAAAAGAAGGAAAAACACACCUUCUGCUGCCAAAGAUGGAAAAUAUCACUCGACUGAUCGUAAUACAAUGAACGAACAGGAUCAAGUUGCUUCUGUUUUAUCUGGUUCAAACAUGGAAAUAGUCACAGACAACGCUUUGAUUACUGCUAAUGGUUCUCCAAGAAAAAUGUUGAAUGAAGUACAGUUGUGUAUGAUUGGCAUGGAGGCUAGACACAGGCAUGAGGAUCACAGGAACUCUCUAUAUGACUUGUCUAACUUUGAAAUGCAGAGGACAUCUGAUGUUGAUGGAACUGCUGUAGUUUUAGAACAUGAAUGGUCUCCUUGCGAUGGUAAUAUACUGUUAACAUCUCAAGCCGGAGCAGAUAUAGUGGAUAGAAUUCCAGCGACUGAAAAGGUUGUUGCCCCGGAUGUACCUAACUUGGAAGUUCCUGAGGCCAAUGAAGAUUUUCAAGUGACGGAGAAAGUAGUACUUGUCUCUACGAAAGAUUCUGGCGAUGGAAACACAAUUGGAGGCGAGCAGAGUGAAAAGACAAAAUCAAGUAGCUAUCAGAUUCUGAUUCCCCAAACAGAAGAUACCCCCAUCAUGCCCAGCUGUCAAAGUGCACCACAGAAAUCUGCUGGUGCUUCAAAGUUCUGUGGCUUACCAGCCUCUGUUCAAACUCACAAUUUUCAAUCCGCAGGAGAGAAAAUCAACGAAGCAAAAACCAAGCAAUUGGAGAUGAAAACAGAAGUCUGUGGCUUUAGGGAUAUUGUAAAUGAAAAGUAUCCAGAGCCCAAAGACUCUGGUAACAGUUCCAACCAUCCUGCAAAAAAGGAAGAUUAUGUCUUCAAAGCUGUCAAAACUGAACCUGUUGAUACAUCUGAUUCGCUGUCUGCAGAUUCUGGCACCACCUCCUUAAUGGUGGCUGAAACGAAGGCUUUUCUUGAGUUACCAAGGCGCUUGCCUAAAGUAAAGCCAAAGGGCCAAGGGGAUUCGGGAAGCCGAAGGGCAGUUGUUCUCCUACGGGACCCGGAAUCUAGAUUAUGGCCCGUCGUCUACCAUGAGAAAUCUCAAAUCAAAGCACUGACAAGUGGAUGGGAAGCGUUUGUUAAGGAAAACAGCAUUCAACCAGGAGACGAAUGUGCUUUCGAAGUUGAGAACGAGUGCGAGGGCACAUCCAAGAACGAGCGCGAGGUCAUAUUCAAAGUCGGUAUCGUUCGAAAGUAAAGAUUCUCGGUUUCUGAAAUGGUAGUUUUGGCUGGUGAUUUUUUGGCUCCCCAGUUUGUUAUCAGCCUGAUCUUGGCACGAUAGAAGGCGUCCCUAUUGUGUUGUUACUGCUCUAGACUUAAUCUGUACCUUUUGUAUAUGUCAAUGGAGGUUCUCCUAAUCUCCAGUGUACAGUGUUUUGGACCCAUCUGGUUUUCUCUGUGAACUUUUUAAACAUGAUUCUAGCUUUUG